GUCACAAAGAAGACCUCUUAUAAAUACCGUGGCUCAACGUUUCUUCUUUCUCUUUAGUCAGCGAACCUCUGUGAGAUGAUGUGUAACAUCAUGUCCUUCUCAGAAAGUCGCUUUGUGAUUGCUUGCAUAGAUUCCAGUCCACCUCAUGAUGGUAGUGUUGAGACACGUGGCUUCGGAUGAUUCGCGCCAUUGGCGUUGUACGUGGACAUCUUAGUUUAAUGCGUCGGCUAUAAAUCGCAUUGAACUCGAUUACGAGUUAAAUUGGAGAUGGCAAGUUCCCAACUGCAAAAGGGUCAUAAGAGGCAAGACCCUUCUCAUUUUCUACCCCAUUUUAAUUAAUGGUUUACUUCAAUCUGAUAAUCCCAUAAAAUGAGUGACGGUCUUGGAAGUUUCAUGAAUGACUCUUCUAGUAGUAGAGAUGUAAGAAGACCAAGAAGUCCUUCUGGUGGUGUACUUUUUUUGGAAUAUGAUCUCUUGCUUUUGCAUGGAUGUCAACUAAUAUGCAAAAGUAACUUUGGAAGUUUAAAUGGUGCAGAGUUUGAGAUUUCUAUUUGGAUGUUUGUAAUGUCUAUCAAUAAAAGUGUGAAUAAACCUUAACUUGUGAUGUGUAGCUGAAUAUUCUUUUGAGACACUAGCGUGGUGCCUCACUUCGUUGUAGUCCUUCAACUGAUCAGUUGACGUGCACAUCAAGAAGUGUUUAUAUAUGCCAAUACGAGUCUUAAGAUCUUAAUUUAAUAGAAAAUGGCAUGCGUCCAACAUGUAGAGAGUGGGCCGUUGAGCUAAUAGACAAUGCUUUGCAAUACCCUCCAUCCUACACGGAUGAUCCACUCGUUUCUGCAGGAAGACCGGGUUUCCGAAACGGUUACAUGCUCCCAACUUCCGGUCUAUUGCUGAUGCUCGCUUCGUUGUAUAGUUCAGUUCAUCCCCCGAAUGAUUUUUCAGAGCGAGUUUUCAUAGAUUCGAGUGUGUCUGAAAGACGAGCUCUUCGUAUUAGCUCCGAAUCAAAUGUACGACGUUUUCACCUAGACUCGCGCAACUGUUGGAUUUAACGUUACGCGUUUAAAUGAAACUUGUAAGAUUUAUGAACAAUCGUGCACCAUCAAAUAAGAGAUAUCAGCCAACAGAAUAUGAGCACGCUGCUAACUGUGCAACACAUGCGCUCUGGAUCAUUCCCAGCAUUGUGGGUGGGAUCUUGCUGUACCUCUUAUCUGAUGACCACUGGGAGGAAAUUUCAGCAUGGCUGUAUGGAGCAGGACUAUCAAGCCUUUUCAUCAUAUCCACAGUUUUCCACACUGUCUCCUGGAAAAAGUCUCAUCUCCGAUCAGUUGAGCACUGUUUCCACAAGUGCGACAGGAUGGUGAUCUAUUUCUUUAUUGCAGCAUCCUACACACCAUGGCUGACACUGAGGGAUCUGGGUCCAUGGGCUGCCCACAUGCGCUGGGUGGUCUGGGUGAUGGCCUCUGGAGGAACUGCCUACGUCUUCUUCUUUCAUGAAAGGUUUAAAGUUGUAGAGCUGAUCUGUUACAUAGCAAUGGGUGUUUUCCCCGCUCUUGUCAUCCUCUCUAUGGCAGACAGGUCCGGUCUGUGUGAGCUGUUGGUUGGUGGUGGGUGUUAUGUGUUGGGCAUGGCGUUCUUUAAAAGUGAUGGAAUAGUGCCCUUUGCCCAUGCUAUAUGGCACCUCUUUGUUGCAAUGGGAGCAGGCAUCCAUUAUUAUGCCAUCUGGAAGUACCUGUACACACCUGUCAAUCAACCAACCAGUACGGCCCGGUGACACACAUAUGCAUACACCUAACCACAAAAUCAUUUGAAUAUAUAUUUGCCAGUGAAGUGCUAAAGUUCUACUUAUUUUUUCUGUUGUGUUUUUGCUAGCGGAUGGUUUGACUGAUGUAAUUCUUGUCACUUAUUAAUAGGUCUUUAACUAGCACAUACAACAGAGAUUACAUCUAGCCUUUGUGAGACUACAGGCAGCAGGGGUCAUUUUGGACCUGAGACCGUGUGCAAUCCUGUGACUGAUAAAGGAUCCAGAACAAGAACGUUUCUAGAAAAACUAUGGACGUAUUACACGAAGGUUUACAAUUUUUUUAAAGGUUCUGCAAAGGUAAAAUCACUGCCAGAUAUUUUUAAAAACACUCAACCUGAGUUGCGUUUCCCAAAAGCAUCACUAGCUAUCUAUGUUCACAAGUUGCAUUGAAUUUAAUUGGAAAUAACGGAACUUGCAACCAUAAUUGCUUUUGGGAAACGCACCCUCGGUUAGUAAUUUACUUGACUACAGUUUAAAGGUAUUUCUGCAAUGUUUUUAAACCGAUUUGGGAUUUAUUCUGCUAGAUCUGCCACUGCCAGUGUGGAGAUGUUCUUAUUUAUGUCAGAAAUAUGAGAACAUUUCAUAUUACUGUACACAGUAUCAAUUCUCCAUGCGUCUAGUCUAGUGCUAGUAUGUUGCAUUUUGGGGGGUGUAAUGUCUUUGGAAAAUGCCACAAGUGCUUGAAGACAAUGUCCAGGAAAAGAUUUGCCUGGACAGGUCAUCUGAUUUCAUGGUUUAAUGGAAUAUAUUAUGAUUGUGCACUGUUUUUUUUUUUUUUUUAAUUGUCUGGUAACUUUAAAGUGUGCUUCAUGGUUAUGUCUAUUAAUUGGUUUUAAUCAAGUCAAAAUAUUGUUUAAUAAUAAUACUAAAUGACUGAAUCAACUUGUCUACGUUAUAGGUGUACACCAACAAAAUACUUUUGAAGGUUAGGUCAUACAGAAAUAGCUCACUUUUUACAGUUUUAACAGUAUAUUGAGAGUUGCACGGGGCCAAUUUUUUGGCUUUUGCCCAUUUUUACUGCAUUCCAUUUCAGUGACAAUCUAAAAGUGUUUUUAUCUUAGAUGUUAUUUAUUAAUUUCAAAUUACAGCUGCUGUUGAUGUUGUAUUAAUGGUCAUUUUAUAUGAGCGCUUAAUAGGGUAGAAAACAUAAACACUUAGAGAAUGAAAGUGUCAUUUAAAGUUUUCACAAACAGGAGUAAAUACUACAUUUUGUCAGAUUCACCUCAAAUUAGUUUGAGAGUCACUAAAGACUUCCAUACCUGCAUUUUUUUCUUCUUUAAAAUGAAAUGAUUUCUUUUUUUUAUGUAGGCAUGUUUCCAUAAAAAGGGAAAUUGCUACUUUUUGUCUCACAAUUUUGACUUCUUCUCUUGUAAUAGAAAUAAAAAUAAAAUACUCAGAAUUGUGAGAUAUAUACUUAGAAUUGCCACUUUUUGUUUUGCAAUUCCAAGUAUAUAUCUCACAGGUCUGAGUUUGGAGCAACAUGAGAAUGUGGAUGAUGGCGGUAUUUUCACUUUUGUUAAAACUAUAAUACACAGUUAGCACACUUACCAUCUUCCCUUUAGUGUUUACUGGUCAAGGUUUGUAAAUUAGUUUAGUCAUCUGUUUAUUUGACUGAUCAGCCAAAGCAUUUGCUCUCAGGGUUGCCAUCUCAGUGGUUGGUACCAUCACUAUUUCUUAAGCAUUCCAUUGUUGGUGCACUGCACUCCCUUAGGCCAUACAUAUUUUAAUAACUGUUUAACACUGAAAAUAAACUUGAACAUUAUAGAUAGUAUUUUUAAUCAGGGCUAAUAAGUGAUCAGGGGCAUGUAGGUUGUUACAGCUACAGAUUGUCAAGUAAAGUUUAACGCAGAAACAACAAGUCUGCCAUUUUUACCUCUCAGACUACUAAACUGAAGUCUAAACUAAACAGGUAUUUCAAUUUGUAUGGCCUUUACAAUCAUAUAAAACUCUUAAUAAUUACCAGUUGUAACAUAAUUUUUGAACAGAACCUGUAUUUAUUGUUUUACAUCUUAAAAUAAUAGUAUUUAAUGUAUUGUGAAUGUAAGUGUUUGGUCUGUAGUUGUAAUCUAUGUGUAGACAAGCUACAAAUUCAUUAUAGUGUUGAUAUUUAUGUUCGCUGUGCUAAGAUUAAGCAUUUCGCAUGCAUCUCUUUUCGAUAGAGAUGCUAUAUUUGAUGAUGAGUGAAUUUCAACAGAAAUGUGUAUGCUAUUGAAACACCUCGCCUUAGUAAGUGAGCAUCUGUUUACGCUUUUAGUGUUGCAACACUCUGUCAGGUACGUUUUUGCUCCAUUAAGGAUUUAGAUGAUAGUAAGGGCUGUUUGUGACUUAAAGCUGCGGUAGGGAACUUUUGACGCUCUAGCGGUUAAUAAACAGAACUGCUUGUGUCUUGCGGAAGAACAUCAUAGACGGAACUACUUCUCUCUGUUUAUGUCUAUGAAG